GGGCGGUGUACGGGGCUGUGAGGCGCGCUCCCGCCGCUCGCUCCCGGGAACAUGGCGGCUGUCGGGCUGUCGCUGCGGGUCUCCGGGGCGCUGAGGAGAGCGGCCCCGCGCCCCACCCCCCGCAACACUCAGAUGGUCCAAGUAAUCCCUGUGAGAUGGCUGAACCUGCAAGAGUACCAGAGCAAAAAACUCAUGGCGGAUCAUGGGGUCACAGUUCAGCGAUUCUUUGUUGCUGAUUCCUCAAAAGAUGCCCUGGAGGCUGCUAAGAGACUGAAAGCAAAGGAAAUUGUUUUAAAAGCUCAGAUCCUGGCUGGUGGCAGAGGAAAAGGCAACUUCACCAGUGGAUUGAAAGGAGGAGUGCAUUUAACCAAAAAUCCAGAUGAUGUUGCACAGCUGGCAAAGCAAAUGCUUGGGUACAGCCUCAUUACCAAGCAGACGGCAAAGGAAGGUGUUAAGGUCAACAAGGUGAUGGUGGCAGAGGCCUUGGAUAUUGCCAGAGAAACAUAUUUAGCCAUUAUGAUGGACAGAACCAGUAAUGGACCAGUAAUAGUUGGGAGCCCCCAGGGAGGAAUGGACAUUGAAGAAGUGGCAGUCACUAAUCCUGAACUAAUCUUCAAGGAGAUUAUUGACAUCUUUGAAGGGGUGAAAAGUGACCAGGCCCUUCAAAUGGCAGCCAACCUUGGAUUUAAAGGGCCACUACAGCAGCAGGCUGCAGAUCAGAUUAAGAAACUGUACAAUCUGUUUUUGAAAGUUGACGCCACUCAAGUAGAAAUCAAUCCCUUUGGUGAAACUCCAGAUGGACAAGUUGUUUGCUUUGAUGCCAAAAUCAACUUUGAUGACAAUGCACAAUUCAGACAACGGGAUGUUUUUUCUCAGGAUGACACGUCGGAAAGUGACCUCAUGGAAACUGAAGCAGCAAAGCAUGACCUCAAAUAUAUUGGGAUGGAUGGAAACAUUGCUUGCUUUGUUAAUGGAGCUGGCCUUGCCAUGGCAACAUGUGAUAUUAUUGAUCUUCAUGGGGGAAAACCAGCAAACUUCCUGGACCUGGGUGGUGGUGUGCAGGAGAACCAGGUGUACCAGGCCUUUAAGCUGCUUUCAGCUGAUACUCGGGUUGAAGCGAUACUUGUCAACAUUUUUGGAGGAAUAGUAAACUGUGCAAUCGUAGCAAAUGGAAUAACAAAGGCAUGCCGUGAGCUUCAAUUGAAGGUGCCACUGGUUGUGAGACUUGAGGGAACCAAUGUUCACGAAGCCAAGCGUAUCUUGAGUGAAAGCGGUCUGCCAAUCACCUCUGCCAUCGACUUGGAAGAUGCAGCUAAAAAGGCUGUUGCUAGUGUUCCUCACAAAUAACCUUUUGAAGGAACAUACCUUCAAGCAAACUUUCUUCAUAAUGUAUUUGCCAAAUUACUAGUUUCCACUAAAUUUAGUCCUAAUUUUCUAUGGUUACUAAAGAUAAUAACCAAAAUAAUAUAUGGAAGUGUCAAUACGUACAUUUUUACAGAGGAUUUAUCAGGGAUCGUUUUACAGAACUUCAAAUGCACACUUUAUACAAAUAUAAUGACUUGCACAUUGAGCACCCACACAUGUUCAAUUCAACAAUCACUGUGACUAGCCUCCCUUUUUACGCAACUUAGAUCAUUUGUUUUCCAUUUUUUAAAAUAAAUUGUCUAUGUCUGAGAAAUCUAGUUGCACAAGAUAGUUCUUUUCAUAGGCAUCUCUAUAAUCUUUAACAAUUGCAAGAUGAUGUGAAGAGAGCUCAGCCUUUGCCUUCGCCUUAAGAUGGAUUAAAAUAGCACCACUGAUUGUACAGCAACAGACACACACUUAAUCAGAUUGGAACGCUCUUGAAAGCCUUUAACCUCCAACACUGCAAGGAAAGUCAGGUCGGGUUUGGCUCAGCCUGAAGAUAGGCACACAUUAGUAAAUGAGUGGGCGAUCUACAUUAAUGUCAGGUUCCAGUGGGGGAAAAAAUAGAAUCCAUCAAUCUCAUAUUUUAAAUAUGUUUUUUUUCCUGUUGUCGCUGGUCAUUUUCUUUUUGUGAAAUGCAUUUUCAUCAAACUACAAAAACCACUUUCAAAGUCUGUUCACCCUUUGGUGGCUUUAAUGCAUUUGUGGUGGUAGGUUUAAACAAGAUUGUGAAACGGAGUAUAUCAGUGCAAGUAUGUGAAUACAAAUCUGUAUCACCUAUUGCUGUUGUAACAAAAGUCUUCCAAAAUACAAAUAAAAUACUUAAACUUA